UGUUCAACCAGUGAGGACUCUCUCCUGUGCCUCUGUGAGCUGGUCUUCAGAACCUAACGAGUGUAGUUUUCCCAAGGGCACUGACAGUCUUACCAGCAGCAUUUGCUUCAAGCUUACAAACCUGGAAACCAGACUCAGUCACAUUCCCUUUACACUCACUGUACGUGUUAUUUACAAAGCAGCCAGGAUCUGAAAGUGCACUAAAUCCCAAAUUUCCAGUUGCCGGGUUCCAUUCCUCCCUCGUACUGGACUGUCGUUGGGAUUUUAAGACACAGUUCAGUACUAUUGCCUGUGUAUACAGUCAGAAUCAUGGAGUUAUUGAUUAAGCUGGUGAUUGUGUCAACGCUGUAUCUGGGAGCAGCUGGUGAAUUUGACGGCAGGUGGCCCAGACGGGUGUCCUCCUCAAAUGGACUCUGCCGCUACGGAGCCCGCGUUGACUGCUGCUGGGGAUGGACACGGCGGUCCUGGGGCCAGUGUCAGCCUCUCUACAGAUUAGUCGGGAUAAGGUGCCAGCCCCAAGCUCUCUGCCAGCCUGGAUGUAAACAUGGGGAGUGUGUGGGACCAAACAAGUGCAAAUGUUACCCAGGCUACACAGGGAAAACUUGUAACCAGGAUGAGCAGGAGUAUGUUACUCCCCCAAUGUGGGACAGUCACCCUCCUCUCUUUCCACCCAUGGAUCACCAACCAGCAGGUGCACCUGCAGCGGAUCUCAAUGAGUGUGGACUGAAGCCACGGCCUUGUAAACACAGGUGUAUGAACACCUAUGGAAGCUACAAAUGUUACUGCCUGAAUGGAUACAUGCUCAUGCCUGAUAAGACAUGUGGAAAUGCCCGCUCCUGCUCCAUGGCAAAUUGUCAGUAUGGCUGUGAUGUGGUAAAAGGAGAGAUCCAGUGCCAUUGCCCCUUACCUGGGCUACAGCUGGGCCCCGAUAGCAGGACCUGUGUGGAUGUGGAUGAAUGUGCCACUGGCAGAGCUGUGUGUCCUAGAUUCCGGAAGUGCAUCAACACCUUUGGAAGUUACAUCUGCAAAUGUCAUGAGGGAUUCGACCUAAAAUACAUCAACGGAAAAUACCAGUGCAUAGAUGUGAAUGAGUGUCUUUCCUCUGUGCACCACUGCAGCAGCUUUGCCAUGUGUUACAACACACCAGGCUCUUACAAAUGCAAAUGCAAAGAAGGCUUCAGGGGGACUGGCUUCGACUGUAAACCCAUACCUAAAGUCAUAAUUGACCCACCAAUACCAGGCAAAAAAGAAAAUAUGAGAAACAUGAAGAACACCACGAACAGCAACGGAUGUCAAAAUAAAAUCCCUGAUCCUGAAUGUGACAGAAAGAUAACCACCACACGUCUACCCGUAACCACCAAAAGAACUGUAACUACCACUAAAAUAAAAACCACAACCACCAAAUCCAUCAGAAGUACUUCACCUCCAAGGAGGACCACCCCAGCCCCCAUUGUCACCAGGAAGCCUGCGGUGGUCACCACCACCAAAAUGCCUAUUGUGACUACAGCUCCAGAGAGAGAUACUACUGUGGACAACAGGAUACGUAAUGAGGUCUCCCCUAAACCGAGAGGGGAUGUGCACAUUCUUCGGAACCCUGGCGAGAACAAUAUCGUAAUUGGAAGCAUCGAACUGGGAGAGACUGCUGAUGAGGAGGAAGCCCAAGAUGAUUCAGAUGUUAUUCUGCACAGUUGUAGCUUUGACCAUGGUCUGUGUGGAUGGCUCAGGGACAGAGAAAGUGACCUACACUGGGAAACAAGCUCAGAUGCUGCAGGUGGAAAAUACUUGACGAUUCCUGAAGUGUUUGGUAAGCGAGGUGGAAGAGCAGCCCAGUUGGCUCUUCCUCUGUGGCAGCCAGUGGACUCGGGGGAGCUGUGCCUCUCGUUCAGACACAAGCUGUCAGGGCAACACUCCGGUUCCAUGCAGGUGUAUGUGAGGAGGAAUGGGGUACAAGGCCCUGCAGUGUGGGUUAGGACUGGUGAACAUGACUGGAGGCACACCCAGAUCACACUGUGGGGGGCUGGCUUGGAAAGUAUCAUAUUGAAAGGUGAGCGAUUAAGUGAGCGGCUUGGAGAGAUCAGCCUGGACGAUGUUAGUCUGAGAAGAGGCUCCUGCACUGGGGAACACACUCUGAGAAGACAUUAACACAAUGUGGAAAACUGGAGCGGACUCCACUCACCAGCUCCACUCCUACCAGGAGACCGAGCUCCAGGGAAAAAUGUAGCCUUGUCAGAGCAAUUCCAGUGAACCAGGCCCCUCAAAAUAAGAGAUUCUUCGUGGGCAAGAGAAAACUUUACCAGAACUGGGGAGUUUCUAUUUUACUUUCUUCCCAUUUGUUAUACAUGAAUCCUGUAUAUAAUCGGCGCAUGCUCCACUAAUGCUGAGGACUACAGUCCUCAAACUGAAGCCAUCUUUUGCUUAAUAAGCCUAACCAAACCUUGCUUUCCCAAACACACUGGAUUCUGUUGUGUUGUGCAUGUCAUGUAUUUACUUCAAGCAGUUAUUGUAUG